GUCAAGGUAUAAAUUACCACAGGAGUUUUAAACUGUUUAUUUUACCAAAGACAAUCAGAUUGGAUAUUUUCAACAUACAAUUCCCUAUUCAGUAUUUUACAAAGCCAUGGACAGAGAGGACCAAAGGCUGAUGUCCCUACGUCUUUCCCGGGUGCUUGAGGACAUCGGGGUGAACAAGUACAUAAUCGCUAGGAGAAGGAGGACGUGGCUUGGGAUCGAGCCAAUAUUAACAUUCACAGGUACAUGUAUAGGUAACAACAUCAAGUUCUUUCACUUUGGCAGCCAGAGCGAGGGGACUACAACCAUUGGGAUGAAAUCAGACAUUGAUACAUUGCUCUACGAUGAUGCAUUUCCUGUGAUAUUGGACUUGGGUGAGUGGAAGCAAGGGAAGUCUCAUCUUCUUGUAUUAAAGACAGAACAUUACCCACCCCAGCACUGCAGACUGCAGAUGGUGAGACCUGACCUUCCAUUACCUUGGAAACAUGUGGUGUUUCAAAGUGAUGUGCUAGACAGUAAAGGGAGGGUAUUGCGGACAAAUAGUCAAGUACAGUAUUAUAAAUCUAUAACGGAAUUCGCCGAGUCAGGUGAAGUAGUGAAACACGGUCCAUCCAGGAGCUGGUGUGAAGACAUUGAUAGAGUUAUGGCCUAUUAUUGUGCCAGUCUUCCACAGGAGUGCCAGUUUCUGUUCAACAGACCCCGGCAUGGACACUGGCCCAAACCUGACACACUGGCCAGAGCAAGACAGACUGGAGUGUUCCUGGUAUCACAGGGUUACUCUGACUCUCCUGAAAGGUCAACAAGGUGUCGCUCUACUGCGCUUCAUGCCAUUCGAAAUGACCUGAGCUACCCAAAGUCAAAAUGGGAAUGGAGGUUCUCCACCUCAAUAAUGGAAAGACUCCUUGUGUUUGACAUGAACUCUGUUCAGCACAAGACGUAUGUGUUAAUCAAAAUAAUUAGCAAGUCAUUUUUUAAGCCAGUAGUUGGAGAUCGGCUUAGCACUUUUCACAUCAAGACGGCCAUGUUAUUUACAAUAGAGACAUACUCACCAGGCAUAUGGAAGGAAUGUAACCUUGUACAGUGUGUUAUUUACUGUCUAAACACACUUAUAAGGUGGCUGAAGAUUAAGAAUUGUCCACACUACACCAUUUCGAACGUAAAUCUCUUCACUGGUAAGUUAUUUAAGCAUGAACUUAAAGUUAUCACAGAAAUGAUAAAUAGCAUGGUUACCUCUGACCUGCAGUGCAUUUAUGAAGUACAGAUGGACUCACUUGGUGCGAGAAUGUCAGCGCUGAUUUUACACCUUACGAACAGUGAAAAUAUGUCUAGGAAAAUGAUUAAUGAAAGUAUAUCCUUUGAGGUAGUAUCGCGAUAUCAUGGACGGAGCUAUGCAAGUACACAAGUACCAAUACAAAACCGUCAAAACCUCGAAUGGUAUCAAUACGUACAGGCCAAGUUUCUAGACAUCAUAUCGUUAGUCAACAUAUCCGAGAGGGCAUCUGAUGUACAACACGAGUUAUUCUCUGUAAUUAUUCCUCAUCUACUUUGCACGUGUGCGUCAGUCCUAGCAUCCAGGUUUAUCCACCUCGGACUACCAAUCACACAGGACGUUCUUAACCUGUACAAACACUCCUUUGACUCUGACGUGUUGUCCAGCAGAUUAAAGUUUGCAUCCAUGUUAUACUGCUGUGGGCAGUAUGAAGCAGCAAAAAACAGUCUUUCCUACUGUGAGGGACUGUUGGGUCCUUUAAUGUUGCAAUGUUGUGCUUGUUCAGGAAGGGCAACAAUAAUACCAAAUGGUAUCUUUCUGGAAUAUGCCUUAAAUCGAUCUAACAUAGAAAUUUUAACAAAACACAUGUGUAACUGUAUUCAUUUCACAAGAUACGAAACAUCUUGUAUCCCUGAGUUCUUGGUGUAUGAAAUGUUCAAAACAAUAAGCGAUGCGGACAGACAAGAGCGACAUCCAGCGGUUGCCUAUGGGUGGAUGGACCUGGCCGUAGUCGACUGUGAACCUUUCCUCCACUACCUUCAGUUUCGCACAUACCGACAACUUGGUCAGCAUAACAGAGCAAUGGAAAAGCUGCGGAAACUCGACAGGUACUUAGGGGAACACAUACAGGAAGACAUAGGUCAUGGUCACAUUGACACAGCGCUUAAUCUGCUCGGUCACUGUUGUGAACAGAUGGACUGGCUGGAUCGGGCCUUGAUCUGUUACAAGAAAUCGCUGCAACUCUAUCCCAGAAACAAUGCAGCCAACUGGCAUAUAGCAAGACUACUGCAUCAACGACUUAAUAACUGGCUUAACUUAAGUCAGCAAUAUGAUUGAACUGCAUCUCAGCUUGGAAACGAUUGGAACAAAUCCCAUUUUAUAUCUGUUCUUUUAAUUUUGAUACUACAAUCUCUAUCAUAACAUAAUCAUGAAUAAAGAAAUAAAGUUCAUGUUUGAAAGAAAUUUCCAUAACCAAAUAAAUGUAACA